AUGGGACCCGGCGUUUGGCGGAGGGUCCUCAACGCCACCUGCCGUUCCUGGCUCCCCGAGCCUGACGGGGACUGUUCCCUUGCGUUUCCAGCGCCCAAGGUCUGCGAUGCCUGCAAAAACAAAAACGAAGACGAUAACGACAUCGUGGAAAACCUCUGCAAAAACGACUUUGCCUUGAAGAUAAAAGUGAAGGAGAUUGCCUACAUCAAUGGGGAUACCAAGAUCACCCCCGAAACAAAGAGCAAGACCAUCUACAAGCUGAACGGGCUGACAGAAAGGGAUCUGAGGAAAAUCGUGCUCUGGCUCAAAGGUGGCCUCCAGUGUACCUGCGACGAGAUGAACGACAUCAACGUCCCCUACUUGGUGAUGGGCCAAAAGCAAGCUGGGGAACUGGUGAUCACCUCGCUGAAGCGGUGGCAGAAAGGGCAGCGGGCUUUCAAGCGCUUUUCCCGCAGCAUCCGCAAACUGCAGUGUUAGUGGCAUCGGCUCCGGGAGCCCCCAGCAGCCGCCUCUCCUCCCCGCUCUCCAGG